AUGGCAUAUGCUGGAAGACUUGCGAUCAUCGCAGGAGGUAUCGGAGGCCUGGGCUCUGCGAUAGCUGACCGGCUUCGCGAACUGGGGGCUGAUGUCGCACUUCUCUACGCCCCAUUCGAUGCAAGCAGAGUAGAGGAUACUCUCAACAAGGUCUUUGGCAGCGCGAACCCAGACAGAGUCCAUUGUUUCGAGUGCGACAUCACUUCUGAAAGUUCGGUCAAGCAAGUCUUCAGGGAGAUUGGCAAUCUCAACGCCUUUCCGUCCAUCUUGAUCAAUGCUGCAGGAUAUGUUUCGGUACAGCCUCUAGAAGAGACUUCGGCCGAAGAAGCGCUGAAGAACUUUCUUCCCAACUUGCUGGGUCCUUUCAUCACCAGUAAUGAGUUCUUCCGCUUGUAUCAAGCCCGAGCUUCUCAAGUUGUUCAAGGGAAAGCACCUCCAGGACGAGUAGUGAGCAUCGCAUCUCAGGCUGCUCAUGUAGCCCUCGAUGGCCAUGGAGCGUACUGCGCCUCGAAAGCUGGACUCGUCGGGCACACUAGAUCCAUGGCUAGUGAAUGGGGGCCCAAAGGCAUCACUGCAAAUACUGUGAGCCCGACAGUGACUUGGACUCCGCUAGCAGCAAAGGCAUGGGCAGACGAAACGAAGCGAGAAAAGCAUCUUGCCCAAAUACCAACCGGGAGGUUCAGUAUGCCCUCUGAAAUUGCCCACGCCAUCGAGUUUUUGUGUCGAGAUGAAAGUGCCAUGAUCAACGGGGCUGAUCUCCGUGUGGAUGGAGGAUUCUCUAUUAGCAGGUAG